CGAGAAAGCGCAAGCAGGAUGGGAGCCUCCAGGUCCCCGCCAAAAAUCCUCCAUAUCCACAUCCACCACUGAACUUUUCUGUAUGUGCGCGCUCGCCCCUCAACAACUGUUCUUUUAGCCUUUUGCCCCUCCGACACCGACAACCCGGCACCUUUCAUUUCUUCGAACCACGCCUGAUCGAAUCUUCUGCCGUCACUUGAAAGAGAAUUAUACCGUUGAGCCGAAGAAACACUAAAAAACCUCGCCCAUCAUGCAGGCUCCGGUGGUGGUUAUGAACACCAACAGUGGUGAGAGGCAGACUGGCCGAAAAGCCCAGCUGUCCAAUAUUGCUGCUGCCAAAACUGUUGCCGACAUUAUUCGAUCAUGCCUCGGCCCCAAGGCCAUGCUAAAGAUGCUGCUCGACCCCAUGGGCGGCAUCGUUCUCACAAAUGACGGACAUGCUAUCCUUCGAGAAAUCGAGGUCUCCCACCCUGCCGCGAAGAGCAUGAUUGAGCUCAGCCGGACACAAGACGAGGAAGUUGGAGAUGGAACCACAACCGUUAUUAUCUUGGGUAAGAGAGCAUGGCUAUACUGCAAUGCUAGCUGAGCAUAUCACUGACAUCAUCUGAACAGCUGGUGAGAUUCUCGCCCAAGCUCUUCCCCAGCUCGACCGUAACAUCCACCCUGUCGUCAUCAUUUCCGCCUUUAAGCGAGCCCUUAAAGACGCCCUUGAGAUCAUCGAGGAGAUCUCUCUGCCGAUCGAUGUCAACGACGACAAGGCCAUGUACCAGCUCAUCUCUUCUUCGAUUGGCACCAAAUUCGUUUCUCGAUGGAUGGAUCAGAUGUGCGACCUCGCCCUUAAGGCUGUCCGCACUGUGACAUGGGAGGCUGGUAACGGCAAGACUGAAGUCGACAUCAAGCGAUAUGCCAGAGUGGAGAAGGUACCCGGCGGUGAGAUCGAGGACAGCAGAGUUCUUGACGGUCUUAUGCUCAACAAGGACAUCACACAUCCCAAGAUGCGCCGGCGCAUUGAGAACCCCCGAAUCGUUCUCCUCGACUGCCCCCUUGAGUACAAGAAGGGCGAGUCUCAAACCAACAUCGAGAUUACCAAGGAGGAUGACUGGAAUCGAAUUCUGCAGAUUGAGGAGGAGCAGGUCAAGGCUUUGUGCGAGGCGAUUGUCGCCGUCAAGCCUGAUCUUGUCAUUACGGAGAAGGGAGUGUCUGAUCUUGCCCAGCACUACUUCAUGAAGGCCAACAUCACAGCUCUCCGCCGAGUUCGAAAGACCGAUAACAACAGAAUAGCCCGCGCUACCGGUGCCACCAUCGUCAACAGAGUAGAGGAUCUCCAGGACUCCGAUGUCGGUACCCGAUGUGGCUUGUUCGAGAUUGAGAAGAUCGGAGACGAGUACUUCACAUUCCUUACCAAGUGCCAAGACCCUAAGGCCUGCACAGUCCUUCUCCGAGGUCCCUCCAAGGAUGUCCUCAACGAGAUCGAGCGAAACCUCCAGGAUGCCAUGGGUGUCGCACGAAAUGUUAUGUUCUCUCCUCGGUUAUCGCCUGGCGGUGGUGCUACAGAGAUGGCCGUAUCCGUGAGGUUGGGUCAACUCGCCAAGAGUAUUGAGGGUGUCCAGCAGUGGCCCUACAAGGCUGUAGCAGAUGCUCUUGAGGUUAUUCCUCGAACUCUCGUCCAGAACGCUGGCAAGAGCCCUGUCCGUGUGUUGACAGAUCUCCGAGCCAAGCAGGCCGAGGGUAAGAGCACCUGGGGUGUCAACGGUGACACAGGUGCCAUCGCAGAUAUGAAAGAGUACGGAGUGUGGGAGCCUCAGGCUAUCAAGCUCCAGAGUAUCAAGACCGCCAUUGAGGCUGCUUGCCUUUUGCUCCGAGUUGAUGACAUUUGCAGUGCUAAGAAGGCUGCGCAGAUUGGUGGCGGCGGGGGUGGUGAAGAAUAAAGAGAAAGCGCAUGUUUGUAGAUGACAAUUCUGAUGUGUCUGUGUGUGAGUGAGCGAUAGUAGGAUAGGCAGGCGUGUAAUUCGGACUGCUUAUACGAAUGUCUGUUUGGAUGGACUGGUCAUACCCCUCUGUACUAGCCGAAAGAGCAAAAUAGACAAACAAGGAAAAUAUGAACACAAUGGGCGCCGGAGCGAGCAUGAUAUAGCUCCGGUGACUCUUCUCAAAAGGAAAGAAAUGGGUAUCAUAUAAAAUUACCUGGUCGAUGAAUACUGUUGCGUCUACUUACGAUGCCCUUGCGAGCCAUCCUCCUCCUGUAAUCUAGGUCUAAAGUCUGCUUCCGAUAAAGCGUCCUUCUCGCCCCUGACAUUUCGGUGCAACUGGGCACGACUUCUUGGGCUGCUGGCCUUUUGUAUUCCUUUUUGUUUAGUCGUCUUCGUCGUGAAUGACUAGUCCUGCAGGUUGCAUCGAUGGCGUUGAUUCUGUAUCAUCCUUACCAUGCUCGGUCUUGGUCUUAGAAUCAACAUCAGCAGUGUCCUUCUCAGCAUCGUUCUCCGCGAGUGAGGAGUCAUCUUUGGACUGUGUCGCGUUGGGCGUUUUGUCAGUGGUGGCAGGGCCCUUGCCCUUCUUAGACUUGCGGGCCUUCAUCUUCUCCCUCUUUUCGCGAUUCUUGCGCGUGCGUUCUUCGUCUUUGCGAUCGCGUUCAGUCUUGUCCUUGUUAAACUCCUCGAUGUCCUUUUCGCGGCGAAGAUCCUCAUCCAUACUGCGCAGACGCUCAUACUCGCGCCGACGGCUCGCCUUAUACACAUGAAACUCGCCUGAACCGGCACCUGCACUAGAUCCUUGAACGUUGGUGACAAUUUCCGGAGGGGCGGAACGCAAGGCAGAACUGCCGGAGCCGGAGGUAGAGGACUCGGGGAUACGGAUGAUUUGGUCGGGCUUUGAGAAGAGGGCCUCUACCGAGGCGGCUUGCGCUGAGACGGGCGUAAGAGCGCGCUUCUUGGUAGGGCGAUGGGAUCGGGGAUCGGCCGACGUUGGUACCGAUUCAGGACCAGGAGCAGACAUUUUGGAGAAAAGAGGUAAAAAGAAUGAGUCAAAGAAAUGUUGGUUAUCCGAUGCCUGAUCUCAGGUAAGAUGAAAAUGGGCUGAGGCACGCGUGAGAAUGAGAUGUCGACGGGCGCGGUAGAUAGCCUGAAUAGGCAGAGGAUCGUCGGGUGAAUUGAAGUCCGUUGAAUGAUUGAUUGAUUGAGACAAGAAACCAUCUGAAAGGGAGCGGUCAGAUGGUUGGCACGUGAAGAGAGCAAUGGCCGGCAGAUGCUAGAUGGUUGUGUCGGUUGUGUUGAUGGGUAGGAUAAAUCGAAGUGGAUGUUAGCCAGGAUCUGAUGAGAGUGGCGUUGAUUUGGGUACAAGGUUACCAAGAAUUAGCCUAAGCAACCGCUGGGGGAAAAAAGUUGAUCGCACCGGAAUGGGUGUGUCUGAGGGUCGCCUGAUAAGCGCGCGGCAGUUGAAUUGACAUCUCAGGCACAAAAAAGUUCCAAGCCGCGUCAGCAAGCCACAAAGAGACUCUGCGUGAUGAACAUGUGAUUGAUUGCAAUCAGGAAAGGCAACUAUUGUCGCUGCAGAAUGCAUAAGUACUGCAGGCGGGAGCAGAAGGGGAAAAUGCAAGACAAAAGCUACUGUUCAGAGUUAGUAGCAGAUCGUCUCUGAAUGACUUUAUCCAGAGACGAUGUUGCAAUCGGCGGCUGGGCGCUUCCCGUUGCAGAUCACAUCACCUCACCAUGCUCCGCUGUAGCCGUCAUUCUUCAGGUGAUGAGAUUGAAUCCAGAUGGUCCAAGACAAGCAAGGGGCCGUCUAGAUCCGAUAGAUGGUAAUUAGCCGGCGCAACAUAAAUAAACACCACGAGAUUAAUAUGAUCAUGACCACGGGAGGGCCGAAAGAAAACAAGAAAAUGGAAAAGGAACAAAACGAAAUGCAUGCAUGGGAGAGACAUGAACAUGAACUUUGGGUGCCGUCGUGACUCAAACUGUCUGCUACAGCGGCCGGGAUUACUCAAUCUGGCUCUGCAGAUCUCCAGGAUUGGCUAACCAACACCAGAUUGCCAGAUUCUCAGUAUCUUUGACAAGGGAGAGCAGAAAAGGACCAAGUCAGUUCCAAGGGGACGGGAAUGGUAAAUCAUAUGAUUU